CAGCUAAUGCUAAGCAAAGAAAAACACACAACAAACUUCAAGCUAAUAAAAACAAAUCUGAUAAAAUAAAAAUGCCGGAAAAGACACUAAAUAACGGCUAUCUAAGGACGCCACACUCUAAUGAAAAUGGCAACAGUAAUGGCGGCGGGGGUGGUGGAGAUGGUGGUGGUUUAGGGGGUGGUGUAGUUGUAUGUGGAUUGAAUGAAGAUGCGUCUACGGACGUUACAACGACAUCACCACUGCUCGGUGGAGGCAAUACCACAACCGGUUCAACGCAGGCAGUUAACCUUGGCAAUGUGGUUGUGAAUAAUGGACCAUUGAAUAAUAAAACGCCGACAAUUGUACACUUUGGAGCUGGCUCAAAUGUUCCAAGGACAUCACUUCACAACGCAUCGGGGCUCACCCAGUCGGCCCAUACAAGUGAUUGCUUCUUCAAGGAGUCCACUCUGCGUCGAAGGUUAUUGGUGCUGGCCGUUUCGUUUAUGGUCUUUGGGGCAGCGAUUGGGGCAUUGGCUAUUUAUUUUGCCGGAAGUUAUCGAUGUUCGAGUGUUAGUCACAGUAGCAGUAAUAGAAAUGAUAUUUCAAUAGACCAACGGAAUGGACGUGUAUGCCUAACGGAGGAGUGUGUCCGGACAGCGUCCUCAUUGCUAAAUGCCAUGGACCGGACAGCAGAUCCAUGUGAGAAUUUCUUUCAAUAUGCCUGCGGGACAUGGAAUAAAAAACAUGUGAUACCAGAGGACCGAAGUUCAAUAAGCACUUUUGAGGUACUAGCCGAUCAGCAACAGGUUAUACUGAAGGGCGUCCUUGAAGAGGCGAUAAAUGACCAAGAUAAUAAAGCAACAAUCAAAGCGAAAUUGUUUUAUAAGACCUGUAUGGAUAUACCUCAAAUACGAAAAGUUGGCGAAGGAAAGCUUAAAGAAGUUCUCAAAUCACUUGGCGGUUGGCCAGUUAUUGAGAAAAAUUGGACUCCACCAAAUAUCACAAUGGAACAUUUAAUUGGUACACUUCGAGGUGAAUAUAAUGAACCUGUACUGAUAGAACUUUAUGUUGGUGCGGACGAUAAAAAUUCAUCAGUUCAUAUACUUCAAAUUGAUCAAUUAACACUGGCAUUACCUUCAAGAGAUUAUUACUUAAAGUCGAGUAGUGAACAUGAUUUAAAAGCCUAUCACAAAUACAUGACCAAAACAGCGAUAUUGCUCGGAGCAAAUCCCGAGACAGCAAGUAGAGAGCUUGAAGAUGUUUUAGAUUUUGAAGUUCUUUUAGCUAAUGCCACUUUGCCAGAGGCCGAUAGACAUGAUACUAGCGCCAUCUAUAAGAAAAUCACUUUGAAUGAACUUCAAAAACAAAUUCCACAAUUAAAUUGGACAGAUUAUUUGCAAACAACGGUUGGCAAAGAUUUGAAACUCAAAGAGAAUGAGGAAAUUGUAAGCUAUGCAAUGCCCUAUCUUGUUGAUAUGGGCAGGAUUCUUGCAAAUGCCGAUAAGCGAGUUGUGCAUAAUUAUGUUAUAUGGCGAUUGGUAAUGUCAAUAAUGACACAUAUGAUUGAUGAAUACCAACGAGAACGGGUUGAGUUUCGAAAGAUCUUGCUAGGUAUUCAAUCGGAAAGAGUUCGAUGGUCACAAUGUGUGGAAUGGACUAACAAGAAAUUGGGUAUGGCUGUGGGAGCUUUAUUUAUAAGAGAUAAUUUCAAUCAAGACAGUAAAGAGACAGCUUUGGAAAUGAUUCGAACAAUUCGUGAAGCUUUUAAUGAACUUUUAGCUGAAAAUAUUUGGAUGGAUGAUGAAACUAGAGCGGUAGCGAAGGAAAAAGCUGAUACGAUGAAUGAACGAAUAGGCUAUCCGGAGAUUUUGACCGAUGGGAACGAAUUGGAAAAGGAAUAUGAAAAUCUUACAAUAAUUCCAGACAAUUUCAUGGACAACGUAUUACACAUACUCAAAUGGGACUCUGAUCGAAAUUUACAACUUCUUCGGAAGCCUGUCGACAAAGACAAGUGGGCCACAGAACCUGCAGUUGUCAAUGCAUUUUACAAUCCCAAUAAAAAUGACAUCGUUUUCCCAGCCGGAAUUCUUCAACCACUUUUUUACAGUCAAAACUUUCCAAAAUCCCUUAACUAUGGUGGCAUUGGAGUUGUUAUUGGCCAUGAAAUUACUCAUGGAUUCGAUGACAAAGGUCGACAGUUUGAUAAAGACGGCAACAUGAUGCAGUGGUGGAAUAAUGCCACAAUUGAGGCAUUCCGUGAACGAGCACAAUGCAUCAUUGACCAAUAUUCCAAAUAUAAAAUCGAUGAAGUUGGCAUGUACAUGAAUGGAAGGAUGACACAAGGCGAGAACAUUGCUGACAAUGGUGGACUUAAGCAGGCAUUUAGGGCCUACCGGAAAUGGGUAAAACGUCAUGGAGCCGAAUCUAACCUUCCUGGUCUCAAUCUCAGUCAUGAUCAACUAUUUUUCCUCAACUAUGCUCAAAUUUGGUGCGGUUCAAUGCGUCCAGAAGACGCUCUAACGAAAAUUCGUUCAUCAGUUCAUUCACCUGGUUUCAUAAGAGUUCUUGGACCACUCUCGAAUUCGGUGGAUUUUGCUAGUGCGUACAGAUGUCCGCUUGGAUCGCCUAUGAAUCCAAUUGAAAAAUGUAGCGUGUGGUAGAUGCAUGCUAAAUACUAAAAUUUUAAGAUUUCUUUUUUUUUUAAGAAAAAAAUAUUAAAUUAUUUAAUUAAAAUUUAAAUUAAGAUUAAUUUUGUAUAAAAGUAGAUAUUUAUUAUUAUUACUCUUUUUAUUUUUUUAAAUUAACCUCAUUUCUCUUAUUAAUAAGAUAAAAUUGAAUAUGAACAUAAAAUGUUCUUUGUUUUUAGAACUAAAAUUGUUUAACAGCAUUAAUUUAAUAUAAAACAAAUUU